AUGACAGUUUCCAAGGGCCUCACCUCACAUGUCACAUGCCUAACUUCACCCACCGCUGCUCACUAUUCCCUCCUCCGCCAUUAUAAAUACUCAUCUUCUCCACCACCUUUUCUUACCAACAAACACCUUAAAGAAUCCGUACUCCAUUCCUAUAACUUCAAAAAAAACAUGAAGCUUCAAUCUGCAACAACAUCUCUAAUCCUCCUCCUCCUCCUCGCUCUUCUCUUCAUCUCCUCCCUCGUCGAAUCCACCACCACCAUCACAACUUCUCCAACCGCCGCCCCUGUUCCCUCUCCAAGUGGAUCAUUUGGAUGCGAUAAGAAGUGCGAAUUGAGGUGUUCGAGAUCUGGAUGGAGAAAAAUGUGUCUGAAGUUGUGUGGGAUCUGUUGCGGGAAAUGCAAGGGAUGUGUUCCUUCGGGUCCGUAUGCAGAUAAGGCUCAGUGCCCUUGCUACCGUGAUAUGAAGAACCAAAAGGGUAGAGACAAGUGCCCUUGA